UGCAUGGCCCACGGGCCUCCCGCCUCAGUGCAAGCAAAACAAAACAACAUUCGUAUUUCGUUUACACUUUAUAGACUACUGUAAUUUGCUGAUAGUGAAUCCGCAAUCUUAAGUCAUGUCGAGCUCGUCGAACGUUGAAAUUCUACCGUGUGCGCUCUGUAAACUGUAAAAUACUUCGUGCAUUAUAAAUUACUUAGGAUUAGGUAUUUAUUAUUAUUAUUAUCAUUGCCGUGAAAGUGUUCAACAACUUCAAAUUAUAAUGUAUGACAUAGGUAUCGUUUGUAAUUAUCCAUAAAUAGCCAAGAUCGUCCUCACAAAUCUAUCCCAUUGACAAUUAUGUAUAUUUGAGAAAAUAUUUCGACAAAACUAUUUAUAAUGACGACAAUUAGUUAUGGGCGGUCUGGUGUUCAGGAAGCUUACGUGCGCGGUCAGUGGUAUAAAGUGUAUGUUUCAUUGGAGGACGAUUAUCUAUGCAUAAGUCUAGAUGAGACUUAUGAAAAUAACACACCUGUCAAUGGAUCAUUAAACAAUAAUACUUUAGAUUCUUCAGGUGGACUGAUAGAUUGUGUAGAUGUACCUGAUUCUGUAGCCAAUCAGAAACGACUCAUACGUGUUGUAAAAACUGACAGCAAUGGAUUGGGCAUAUCAAUUAAAGGUGGAUGUGAAAACAAAAUGCCAAUUUUGAUUUCCAAAAUAUUUAAAGGUAUGGCUGCUGAUCAAACUGAACAACUUUACGUUGGAGAUGCAAUUCUUUCUGUUAAUAAACAAGAUUUAAGAGAAGCGACCCAUGAUGAAGCCGUCAAAGCACUUAAACAGGCUGGAAAAGUUGUUGAAUUGGAAGUUAAAUAUUUAAGAGAAGUUACUCCAUAUUUUAGAAAGGCAACAAUUAUAUCAGAAGUUGGUUGGGAUUUACAAAAAGAAUUUUUAUCAUCAAAUCCAACUGCUCAUAGGUCUCCUCAAAAAGCUGACACCCGCUAUAUACCAUUACAACUUAGCUGUUUAACCAGAAAUUAUAAGCACCCUGACAAUGAGAACAAGAUAAUUGAGCUGCAUUCUCCAGAUGGUGCACAUUCUUGUGUACUGAGAACUAAAGAAGCAAGUGAAGCAACUUGCUGGUUCAAUACUCUUCACGGUGCUUUAGAUGUUCUUGUUUUAAGAUCAAUACAUGAUGCCAAUAAAGUUUUAGGAAAUUUAUUACCAUCACUUGGUCAAAUUCAUCACCUUGGAUGGCUAUUUAGAGUAAACCAUAAUGAGAAUGGUUGUAUGCGUGGCAGUUCAGAAGAAGAAUUUUCAGUUAACGAUAAAUGGCAAGCAGUAUUUGGUGUUGUUAGUAGUAAAGAAUUGCGUUUAUAUGAUGUAGCGCCUUGGAGUCCAGACGCUUGGUCUACUCCCCUAUUUGUGUGUCCAUUAUUGUCAACAAGGUUAAUGAGUUCUUCUCGUAACUCUGAAUUGAUAACAUUCAGUAUUCGGUGUGGAACAGAAGAAGGAGUUAUUAGUCAUAAACUUAAAGUGGAUACUCAAAGGGAUCUUGCCAGUUGGGCUAGAGCUAUUAUUCAAGGUUGUCAUAAUUCAGUUGCAAAUAGAAAGGAACUAACAUGCCGCUGCUUAUGGCAAGGUAAACCAUCUCAACUUUAUAUACAUUAUGAAAAUGGUUUUACUCUUUAUGAAUCAACAACUGGGUCAGUUGGACGGGAACCUAAGAAAUUAUGGAGUUAUCCUUUUGAAAAGUUGAAAAUGUCUUCAGAUGAUAACAACAGGCUGAUAUGGUUAGACUUUGGUGAUAGUGUGGAAAUAGAACUGGAUUUGGAAUGUAGCCCAAAACCAUUAGUAUUCAUAUUACAUAACUUCCUUUCGGCUAAAAUUCACCGACUUGGUUUGUAUGCAUAACAUUGAAAAUUAAAGUGGUUAACACGUUAUAAUACUUUUUGUUUUUGUGAAAGUAUUUGUUUUAAAUAUUGACAUAAAUCAUAAUAUUAUUUUAUUGCUAUCGACUACAAAAACCAAGCUCAAUAGUUCAUUUUUAUUUUUUUUUAUAUCAUAUUUUUUUUAAAAUUACAAGUAUUUUAACUGUAUUAUAUUUGUUGAAAUUAAUUAUUGGUAAUGGAAUGUUAUUUAUUAGAUAAAGUGUUAUAAAUAAUUAUUAGUAAUAAGGUACCACCUAAACAUAACAAAUAAUUAACAGGGUGCUAUGGCACCUCAAUUCACACACAUUCCUACACCUAAGAUGUUGGUAACUUGUCUGUGAUAACCAGUUUUAUAUAAUUUCAAUUUAUAUACAUAAUUAAACAUACAUUUUUUUUUUCAUAAAUGUGUGAUUUGUGUGUUGCGUGUUUAAUUUUACUGUCUACAUUGUGUCAAUUUUUUCAAUGUUUUUUAAUGCUUACCAGUUAAAUUAUAAUUACAGGAUUCCUUUUUAAAAGAUUUAAAACAAUUAAAUUGGAUACAAAUUUUAUAUUUUUUACUUUUAUUAAAAAAGUUAUCGUUUAAUGUAAUUAUUUAUUACCUAUUAGUAAUAUGUUUGUUAUUACUAUUUAUUAUUGUUUGAUUUAUUGUAUAUUCAUUUCACAUUUAGCCAAUAUUUUAAAAUUAAGUUAAAUGAAUGAAAUAUAGUUUUGAGCAGUUUAUUAUGUGUUUUUACUAAGUUUAUAAUCAGUCGCUUAGUAAUAUUUCAGUUAUUGAUGAAGUUACUUAAAAUUAGUAUAUUUAAAAUGAAUGUAAUAUUACAUGAAUGUACAACUAAUUAAUAUAUUUUUAUUUAUUUUGUUUAGUUUAAGUUAAAAAAUAUUAAAACAAUUUGUUAUUAACCAUCAAUUUUAAUUUAUUGUACCAUUCAAAUACAAACUGCUUGAUUGUUGAUUAGGUGCAGGGAUGUAAAUGUUAAUGAUGAACGAUUACAAAAUCUCAUCAAACGUUUUUAACAUAUUUCAGCAACAACAUAAUAUAAAUAAUAUAUAUUCUUUUCUUCUAGAAU